CGGGAAAUAGUUGCUGUUUAGCUUUGUAAGCAGAUUCCGAUGGAUGAACGGAAAGCACUUUUGCAGCGCAAAGCCAUCAAGCGCGGAGCUGGAGACUAACAGCGAUGCAUUUCCAGGAGUGGUUACAGACACUUCGAGCAAACGUGGGACUGAAAAUCUCCGAAUCAGAUCAGACAAGACUAGACUGGAGUCUACUGCCGUCCCUGCCUUCAUCGUUAUCCUUGUCCUCGCUCUCCCUGCUGGGUUUAGGAGCGUUUGCGUCCCUUACCGCAUACUGGCUGGUGACCCGUCCUCGCCCUAUGCGGCCUCCUUGUGACCUUCAGGCACAGUCUGUAGCUGUCAAUGGCGAUCCCAGCUGCCGUCGAUCGGCUCUGCUUCAAGAUGACUCGCUGCUGGAGUUCUACCACCCUGACACCAGGACGGCCUACGACAUGUUCCAGAGAGGCCUGAGGAUCGCAGGUGAUGCGCCAUGUCUUGGCUUCAGGAAGCCAGGCCAACCCUACCAGUGGAUAUCCUACACUGAUGUGGCUGAACAAGCACAGGCGCUAGGUUCUGGUCUCUUGGCUAAAGGCUGCAAGCCCAACCCCCAACAAUUUGUUGGGAUAUUUGCACAGAACAGACCUGAGUGGAUUAUUACAGAGCUGGCUUGCUACACUUACUCCAUGGCUCUGGUUCCUCUGUAUGAGACACUUGGGUUGGAGGCUAUGGUCCAUAUUCUCCACCUGGCUGAGAUCACCUUGGUAGUGUGCGACCGCGAGGAAAAGGCCACUUCCCUGUUGGACAACAAGGAGAAGGGUGUCACUCCCAAACUCUGCUGUCUGAUUUUGUUUGACCACAUCAGCGAGACUUUUGUGGAGAGGGCAAAGGCGUGCCAGGUGGAGGUUCUUAAACUGACAGAGCUCAUGGAUAUGGGAAGGCAGAACCUUAAAGAACCUGUGCCUCCCCAGCCUCAAGAUCUGGCCGUCGUUUGCUUCACCAGCGGAACCACAGGCAAGCCUAAGGGAGCCAUGAUCACCCACGGCAACAUCGCCUCGAACACUUCCUCCGUCAUUAAAAUCCUGGAGGGUUCCUUUGUCAUCCGACAAGAAGACGUUUCCAUCUCUUAUCUGCCGCUGGCUCACAUGUUUGAGAGGAUGAUUCAGGUGUCGAUGUUAUGCCACGGAGCUCGAGUAGGUUUCUACCAAGGAGACAUUUCCCUCCUGAUGGAUGACAUCAAAACCCUGAAGCCCACCUUCUUCCCUGUCGUGCCCCGUGUGCUGAACCGCAUUUACGACAAGAUCCUGGGCUCAGUCAAGUCUCCACUGAGGCGAGCUUUGCUUCACUACGCCGUGAGGAGGAAGCAAGCAGAGCUCAGCAGCGGCAUCGUACGCAACAACAGUCUUUGGGAUAAACUGGUGUUCAAUAGGAUUCAGGCUAACUUCGGAGGGAACCUGCGCUUCGCCCUGACCGCGUCGGCGCCCAUCUGCCCCAAGGUGCUCUCUUUCCUCAGAGCCACAAUGGGAUGUCUUAUUUUUGAAGGCUACGGACAAACAGAAUGCACGGCCGGAUGCACCUUCUCCAUGCCGGGGGAUUGGACCGCAGGACACGUUGGCGCUCCUUUGCCUUGUGCUACAGUCAAGCUAGUGGACAUCCCCGACAUGAACUACUAUGCAGAAAAUGGAGAGGGAGAGAUCUGUAUCCGUGGUCCCAGCGUGUUCCGAGGCUACUUGAAGGACCCCGAAAGGACAGCAGAGGCUUUGGACAGUGACGGCUGGCUGCACAGUGGAGAUGUGGGCCAAUGGCUUCCAAACGGGACACUACGCAUCAUUGACAGGAAGAAGCACAUCUUCAAACUGUCGCAAGGAGAGUACAUUGCUCCAGAAAAGAUAGAAAACGUAUACACGCACUGCGCUCCUGUGCUACAGGUCUUUGUGCAUGGAGAUAGUUUACAGUCUCAUCUGGUGGGCAUAGUCGUCCCCGAUCCGGAGGUGUUUGUGGCUUGGGCUAAGGAACGAGGAUUUGUGGACUCGUAUGAAGAAUUGUGUCAAAUUCCUGAUGUAAAAAAGGCAGUGUUGGAGGACAUGAGAGCAGUUGGGAAGGAGGCGGGGCUCAAAUCUUUUGAACAGGUGAGAGACCUCCACCUGCACCCAGAGACAUUCAGCGUGGCCAACGGCCUCCUCACGCCCACGCUGAAAAGUCGCCGCACCGACAUCCGCCGAUAUUUCCAGGAGCAGAUAGCCAGCAUGUACGGCAAAGAGGCCAUCUAAAAAAUUUGCAACGGUGACACCUGCAGUCCUAAAACAUCAGCGACCAAGUGCCUUUUGUGUCUUUUAAUUCACUACUUUACACGUUUCUUACACAUACUGACACUAAAUCAGGGUCUCUGCAGGUUUUGACAGGCCAUAUUUAAGACUUUUUAAGACCAAAUUGAAUACAGUUCAAGACCCAUUUCACAUCAAUACCAGCAAAAAAGCAUAAAAAAGUUGAAAAUGAGAGGGCAGCACAGGUAGUUCCAUUUUGUAGUCAGGUUUUGGCGUCCUCAAAAAUCAAAACACUGAAAAGCGAGACUGAAGUUCAUGCAUGUUCGUUAAGAUUUUUAAGACCUUACAAAAUUGUACAACCCCUAGCAAAAAGUAUGGAAUCACGGGUCUCGGACGAGCACUCAGACAUUUUAUUAUGUAAAACAAACUCGAAUGAAAAGCUUGAAAAAAUAAUGAAUUAGUUCAAAAGUGCAACUCCUUGGCAUUCAGAAACACUAAAAGACACAAAAAAACAUUGUGAUGGUCAGUAAAUAGUACUUUUAUAGACCAGGUGCAGGGAAAUAUAGAAUCACUCCAUUCUGAAGAAAAACAUAUGGAAUUACUCCAUUUAGAGUAGAACAUACAGACACACCCAGUCAAUUUCCUUCCCUUAAUUGGGCCCCUGCCUCAGAUUAGAUCUGCUCGUUAGCAGUUAAAAACAGUGCAGUUAUCACAUCUUUGAGGGCUGCUAGACCAAGUGGUUUCACAAGAAUCAUGACUUUGACAAGAGAGAUGUCUCUUGAAACAAGGUGAGGAUUAUCAAACUUUUUGAAGAAGGUAACGCUACACGUAUGAUUGCCAAAGAUGUGGGCUGUUGACAGUCAGCUGUACCAAAAAUCUGGACCAAGUACAAACAGCAUGGCAAGGUUGUUAAAGUUAAGCGUACUGGUAGACAUCCAAAUGUCAUGACAAACAACUAAAGGCCAUAUGUCUUGAAAACAGAAGAUGUACAACAAGACAAAUGAAGAAGAAAUGGGAGGAAGCUGGAGUCGAGGAAUGUGACGGAACUGUGCAAAAUCCCCUAAAGGAAAUGUAAUUUUCGUACAGGAAAGCUAAAAGGAAACCAUCAUGGACACUGGGGAGAUGGCUGUGGUUAAAUCGUCAAUAAGUACACAAGUUUACAUUGAAAUUUUAGACAGCUUUCUUAUUACUUCAAUUGAAAAUCAUUUUCCAAGAUGACGAUGCAUCGUGCCACAGAGCUGAACCUGUUAAAGCAUUCCUUGGAGAAAGACUCAUCCAGUCAAUGUCAUGGCCAGCAAAUAGCCCAGAUCUCAACCCUAAUGAAAACCUGUGGUGGAAAUUGUAAAAAAUGGUCCUCAGCAAGGCUCCGACCUGCUACGACAGGGGUCAGGAACCUAUGGCUCGGGAGCCAUAUCUGGCUCUUUUGACGAGUGCAUCUGGCUCUCCGCCAAACCGUAAUCUUAAACGUGGAACUGGCCGGCUCGCUUGACAUUAAUGAGCUGUGAUGAGCUUACGGCGCAUUCUCACAGUGAUCUUGGACACUUCAAACGUACAUUGCAAUUAUAUGCUUCAAUUCGUUGCCCAUUGGUGCUCGCGGAUUGCACGGAGAUUGGCAUUACGGAGCUUGCCUCACGCGUUAAGUCUCCGCUCAGCCAGCAGUGUGGCUAUAACGUAUAAUAUAGUCAAUAAAAAUGCAUAGAGGAAAAUUAAACCACGAAAGUGAACUAUGUGGUUCCGCAAGUCACACAGGCGUGUGAUCGGUUUCACUUUCAUGACUUUUUCGCCUGUCAAAUUGUUGCCAUUUCGAGGAGCGUGAGACUCACGAAACUGCUACCUUGAGAGACUCCACCUGUCUCGGCCACAAUGAUGCAUAUGUCCCCCUGUUUGUGGUUCCCACUUCCAGGAAAUAUACGUAAAGCCAAUCCAUGUUUCUAUUUGUUAUUUUCCAAGUGGUGAGUACGCAACUGAGAUUUUUAGCAAUCACAACUAGACGGCUAUAUAAUAUAUACACACACACACACACACUCUGUAUGGCUCUCGUGGAGUCACAUUUUAAAAUAUGUUAGGUGUCUUGGCUCUCUGUCAAAAAGGUUCCCGACCCCUGUGCUAGGAUGAUCUGGCAACUGCCAUCAAAGAGUUGGCACCAAAUUAAGGAAGAAUACUGUUUGAAACUCAUCAAGUCCAUGCCUCAGAGACUACAAGCUGUCAUAAAAGCCAGAGGUGGUGCCACUAAUUACUAGAGAUGUGUUUUGAUUGUUAUUUGUUUCUCAUGACUCCAUAUUUUUCCCUCAGAAUGGAGUGAUUCCUUAUAUAUUUCCCUGCACUUGCUCUAUAAAAGUAACAUUUACUGACCACCACCAUGUUUUUUUUUUUCUUUUAGUGUUUCUGAAUGCUAAAUAGUUGCACUUUUGAACUAAUUCUUUCAAGCUUUUUAUCGGAGUUUGUUCAGCUGGUGAUUCCAUACUUUUUGCUAGGGUUUGUAUUUAAGACCUGUUGCGAGUUUUUAGGAGGAUUGAAGACAUUUAAAAAAUGACCCCGUGAAUAUCCUGUUAAUGUGUACAUUGUGAUCUAAAGGGACCAAAAGAAUUGUUCUGCUGCUGGCGUUUCUUAGUAAAUCGCAAACUUCAUUGUUACUACCACGUUAUAUUACUUGAAGAUUCAUGGUGUCAUCCUUCAUUUGUUGUGCAUUUUUCCCACCUUGUUUGGUUUCACAAACCUAAUUAAGCAGCAGCUUUGUACUGUAUAUACUUUGCUUCUAAUAAGUGGAUACUACUGACUUUAGUUUGUCAAAAAGGAAAAUAAAAGAUUUCUCACCUGUCUUUAUUUUGAAAGGACAUCCGAGAGUUGAACUCAGAGCAAUUGAAGAUUUUAUUUUCUGCGUGUACAUUAAAAACUCCUGAACACAUUGGUAAACUAGACUGACAUCUAACCUGUAAAAAGAAUUUAAUAACUACUGCAAAGACAAAAGUAAUAUUAAAAAAUCAGGUCACAUUGAAAACAAUUUGCAAUACAACAAAAUUGGCACAUGAAGUUAAGAAAUAACAGAAUUAAGAUAGUGUUCAUGUUUUACUUUUCAAGGUAUUUCAGCAAAUGAAUAAUCACAAUGAAAAUAU